AUGGACUGCCUGGAGGCCUCCGACAGGAUCGGGCUGCCAGAGUCGUACCUCCAAGAGAUCGUUCAGGCGGGCGAGCAGUUCCGCGGCCCCCUUCUGUUCGAGGUCAAGACGAGGCUUGGGCGCAAGAGGCACUGCUCGGUGGCCGGGCAGUUCUUUCCAGACCUCCUGCCCGGCCACGCCAUUCUUCCACGCUGGGUCAUGGAUGACCUCGCCAUCGCCGAGGCCGAGGAGGUGACUCUGCGGCAGGUGAGCCUGGACCUCGUCUCUUUCGUGAGGAUCCAGGCCCACAGUGCGUGCUUCUACGACGCCGCGCGGGGCCACAACAUACCCGCCCUGCUCAAGGAGUCCCUAGUGCGAUGCAGCGCGCUCACUGAGGACACGUGCGUGCAGGUGUUUGUGGACGGCCAGAGUUUCCAGUUCCAGGUCGUCGAGCUCCAGCCCAAGGCUGCCGUCCGCCUCAUCGACACGAACAUGGAGGAGUACUUCGAGUUCAAGGUGGACUUCGAGGCGCCGCCGGACGAGGAGGACGAGGCGAAGAGGAGAUCCUACCAGGAGAGCGAUGCCUGGAGCAGCAGCGCGCGAGGGAGCAGGAGACCGCUCCGGCGGCAGGCGGAGGACCUCCAGGCGCGCCUGGAGGCCGCCCGGGAGGCGCUGCUCCGGGCCGAGCGGCAGCGCCUCGCGGGCCUCGCCGCCGCGGGCGGCGUGGCGGCGGCGGCCGGCGCUACUGUGGAGGUGGCGCUGAAGCUGCCGGACGGCACGCGCAUGCGGGAGCGGUUCCGCGAGGGCACGGCGCUGGCGGCGGUGGCCCUGCUGGCGCUCGAGAGCGACUGGGCCAGGAGCGUCUGCCCUUGCGGGGUGCAGCUCAGUUGCCCCGGCCUGAGGGCGGCGAGCAUGGAGCUGGAGGCGCCCAUCACCAGGGACAUGCACCGCUCUCAGCUCAACGCCGCGCCCGUGCGGGCGCCCGACGACAGCGAGCUGCUGCGGAUCGGCGUGGACGGCCGCGAGCAGCUGCCCCGCGCGCACGAGGGCGCCGCCGACACCGCCGGCGAUGCCGCCGCGAGGCCGCCGGGACCGCCGCGCCUCGAGCGGCAGGUGAGCCUCGUGCAGCGCCGCACGCUCGAGGCCUUCGAGGCCCAGCGCUUCGUCCAGGCGGGCAUCCCGCCAGAGGAGGCCCUGCGGCGCGUGCGGGAGGGGGAGUCGCUGCCGCCCUCCGCCGCGUCGCUGCGGCGCGGGGCCGCGGCGUCGGCCCAGCCCGCCCUGGGGAGGACCAGCUCCCAGGAGGACCUGGUGCAGCAGGUGGUCGAGUUCACAGCUGUGAGCCGGGAGUUAGCGGCGCAGCGGCUGGAGGAGGCGGGCUGGAACGUUCAGGAGGCCAUCAACGCGAUCCUCAGCCGGUUCGGGGGCGAGCUCCUCCAAAGGACUGAGCCCGGAGGCGGCCGCCGGCCGCCGGCCGAGGGCGGGCGCUGGGGUCAACAUGGAGAAGGCCAGACCCGCAGGAGCCGCGCCUGCGGGCCGACUGCCGGCCUGUGA